UAUUCUCCCACACAUAUUCUCUGUUUAAGCGAAUAGCAUUUGCAUAGCAUCUCCAAACUCUCAACGACCUCAUGGCUUCAGAAUCAGAAACCAGCGUUGGCAAUCAAAUCCAAAUCCAAAGGCCUUCUCCUUCUCUCCCUCAGCCACAACCACUCCAAGACAGAGUAGCCAUCGUGACUGGGUCCGCCCGCGGAAUUGGGCAAGCCAUCGCACUCCACUUGGGCUCUCUCGGCGCUAAACUUGUUAUCAACCACACCUCCUCCAACUCAACCCAUGAAGCUGAACUCGUAGCCUCCCAGAUCAACAACUCAUUAUCCUCUUCUCUCAACAACAACAACACCCCACGAGCCAUUACGGUCCGUGCCGACGUGUCCGACCCAACCCAGGUCAAGUCCCUCUUCAACAAAGCCGAGGAGGCAUUCAACUCCCCUGUUUAUAUCCUGGUCAAUUCUGCUGGAAUCAAUGAUUCUAAGUACCCAACUAUUGCUAACACUUCUCUCGAGGAUUUUGAUAAUAUCUUCAGCGUCAAUGCUAGAAGGGCAUUCUUAUGCUGUAAAGAAGCAGCAAACCGUGUCAAACGUGGUGGUGGGGGUCGAAUUAUACUAUUAUCAACAUCUUUGGUGGGUGCAUUAAAGCCAGGAGCCGCGGCAUACACAGCAUCAAAGGCUGCAGUGGAGACCAUGACCAAGAUACUAGCAAAGGAGCUCAAAGGGACUAGAAUUACUGCCAAUUGUGUGGCGCCAGGGCCAAUUGCCACUGAGCUCUUUUUUACUGGGAAGUCUGAGGAAUAUGUGAAGAGGGUUAUUGAGGAAAGCCCAUUCGGUAGGCUCGGUGAGACUGAGGAAGUGGCACCUCUUGUCGGGUUUUUGGCUACUGAUGCCAGUGAGUGGGUUAAUGGCCAAGUUAUUCGUGUUAAUGGUGGCUAUGUUUAACAUAAAAUAUUUAGCUGCAAUUUUAAGCUAUGUUCUUAAGGGGGUGGUUUGGGUCCAAUAUCCAGUGGUAUUGGACCCGUUGAGAUGGUGACAUGUGUCUAAUGCCAGAUUGUAAUUAUCAUUACAUAUCUCUUUA